AUGUGCCAGAAGAUUGCCAUCAAGUCGGUCCUCCAAAGCAAGGUUCCCGCCUUUGGGUUUUGGCUCACUAUUCCGAGCACUGCUGUUGCGAAAACAAUUCUUCGUGGAGACUCCGGGGUUUCUGUGCCCUUCACAUGGACACUGGUUGACGCCGAACACGGAUUGAUUUCUGAUGUGCACUACUAUGAUCUCGUGAAUGCCGUCGGUCACGAAGGCGCUAGUCCUAUCAUUAGGGUUCCAUCAGGAGAAGAAUGGAUGAUCAAGCGAGCUCUUGAUGCCGGAGCACAUGGUGUGAUGACUCCAAUGUGUCAUUCAGAGACCGAUGCUGCGAAAGUUGUGUCGUAUGCCAAGUACCCUCCUCUAGGCACUCGAGGUUACGGACCAAUGUUUGCUCCUCAUGCUUUCCCGGGCACGGAGCCUGGAGCUGAAUACGACACUCUCGCUCAAGACGUUCUUGUUGCUGUGCAGAUUGAGUCUCGCGCAGGUGUCGAAAAUGUAGCAAAGAUCGCCGAAGUUGACGGCGUAGAUGUCAUUUUCAUCGGUCCGUUCGAUCUUUCGAAGCAGAUGGGCGUAGAGCGCGGUGGUCAGGAGCACGAGGCGGCGAUUCAGAAAGCACUGAAUGCUGCGCACGCGGCCAACAAAAAGUGCGCCAUUUUCUGCACCGACGGGGCUGAUGCUCUCACACGCGCCAAGCAAGGGUUUGAUAUGAUAUCUGUCAAUACUGAUGUUGGUGUGCUCAAGAGAGGCAUGGCAAGCGAUAUUAGGACUGCGAAUGCGGAGGGACAAAAGAUACACCAGAGGCAGGGCUACUAA